CGAGAUCGCUCUUCCUCUCCCCCUGCUCCCUCGCCCAGUCUCGCGUGGCGGCGCGCUCGGCGCCCAGCCGACCAGCCCGCUUCCCCCACCGACGGCUUGGGAUCCCUGGGCGCGUCCGAGCCGCCCUAGCCCCUGCAGGUGUGCGUGCCCAGCCAGCCGAUCCGUCGUGCCCCUCCACUCCCGACGGGCGUGCCGAGCGGCCAUGACUGCGGCUCGACAAGCCGACCCGGACCCCUUUCCCCUGCCCCAUGCCCGCGGUAGCCUCCACGCGCGGCCUGGUGUGGCUCGCUGCCCACCGCGGCCAGCGGUGUGCAGCCCGCCCAGCGCGGCGGCCGGGCAGCCAGAUGGGGUGGAUGAGCCCGCCCGAGCGCCCCCCUACACGAGUUCGCCCCCUGCUCCAUGGCCAGGGCAGUUCCAAUCCCCGCGUCUAAGUGGUUCUGAGGUGGAAGAAGGCCCUCUGACCACACUAGAUCCCACUCCCUUUCAUCCUAUGUGGCUAUGUCCCAUGUGGCCCUUCGUGUGGCUUCGAUUCGACCAACCAGAUCGUGCUACGUCACCUAUAAUCCGCGAAAUAUUAUUUAUUCAAUAUAUGUUGUGUUAUAAAUAUGUUUCGUACCGUUCUAGUUACGCUAAUUCCAUAAUAACAUCGUACGUGUUAAAAUAUUAUUUUGUCAUAUCAUAUAUAUUAAUUAAUUAUUUAAUCUCUUGUUUAUUCAAUGGUGAUUAAAGUAGCGUUGCAAUUAAAAUUAAUCUAUACUCUUAAUUUGUGAUUAAAAAAUAUAUGUUAGUAUUAUUAUACCAAUUCAAAUGUUUCUAAAUAAAUACUUAGUAUAGAUGCGAUAUCUGCUAGUGAUUUUCGCGUGUCGCACGAGAGAAUCGUGUGUGUAGCCGCGCGUUAUCCACAUGCUAAGUCGCGUGUGUCCGCGCGUCGUUGCGCUUCGUUUGCGCGCUAUCGCGCUGCUCACACGUCGCGCAUGUUAUUUCGCGUGUCAUUCGCGCUGUUUGUGCGUCGUCGUCAUUCCUUCGCGCGUUCGUGCCGCACGUCUAGUUCGCGUGUUGUCGUGUGUUGUUUGUGCGCGUCGUCACGCGUCUGUAACACCUCAAAACCAUCAACAAAAAAUAAUGCAUUUAGAUUAUUAGUGGCAAAUACAGUAAAGAAUUUUUCUUCAAGUGUUUGAUCUUAUUUACCUUUAGAAUAAUUUUUGUUUGCUCGUAUUUAAUUGAUGGUUGUUUUUUGUGGAAUUUCUUUUAUUAAAAACUCAAUUUAGAACUUUGAUCUAAAAAUAAAUUCUUUAAUGAUAAUAUUUUUGGGUAUAAUUAUUAUGAAUUUUUAGAAAUAUUUAAAAAUAUUUUUAUUUAUAUUUUUGGAAAUAGUGAUAAAAAAA